AUGAACAAAAAAGAAAAUUUUCAUCAAUCUAUUACAAUUGGACAUUACCAAAUGGAGAAAAAGUCUCUCGUUCUUGGCUUAAAUAUUCACAAAAGUAGUUUGCCGGCUUUAGAAGGUUCAGGUUUAAACGAUUGGAAGAAUAUUGGAGCACUUCUUUCUUCUCAUGAAAAAAGUAAUUCAUAUCUCGUAAAUUUUCAAAUGUGGAAAGAACUUGACAUACGUUUAUCUACAGAAAAAACCAUUGAUCAUAUUAAUGAACAAAAAAUUAAUGAAAAAGAACAAUAUUGGCAACGAAUUUUAGAAAGAUUAAUUGCCUUAGUCAGAGUACUGGCUACGCAAAACUUGGCAUUUCGUGGAACAAAUGAAAAGCUUUACAAUAACGCCAAUGGUAAUUUUUUAAAAUUUGUUGAGUAUCUUGCCUUAUUUGACCCAUUAAUGAAUGAACAUGUUCGGAAAAUUAAAAAUCAAGAAAAUAAAACUGCUCAUUAUCUUGGAAAAGAAAUUCAAAACGAAUUAAUACAAAUACUAGCAAAUGCUAUAAAAGAUAAUAUCUUGACUAGAGUAAAAUUUGCUAAAUAUUAUUCUAUAAUUUUAGACUGCACCCCAGAUAAUAGACAUAGAGAAAAAAUGACAAUAAUAAUUCUUUUUGUUGAUUUAGAAUCACCAGCAUCGCAUGAUGGGGAUUUAGUUAAAAUUAAAGAACAUUUCUUAGGAUUCAUACCUGUGGAGAAAUCUACAGGUGGUUUUUUGGCAAAAACAUUAAUUGAACAAUUGAAAAAUUUUAAUUUACCAAUUGAAAAUCUCCGUGGACAAGGAUACGAUAACGGAAGCAACAUGAAGGGUAAGGAGAAUGGGGUACAAAAAAAAAUUUUGGAUAUAAAUCCUCGGGCGUUUUUUAUUCCAUGCAGCGCACAUUCACUAAACUUAGUUGUGAAUGAUGCAUGCAAGUGUAGCUUAGAUGCAAUAAGUUUUUUUGGUGUGGUGCAACAGAUUUAUAGUUAUUUUUUGGGAUCACCUUCUCGUUGGCAAGUUUUUCGUAGCUAUUUUCCAGAUUUUACUGUCAAGUCAUUAAAUGAUACAAGAUGGGAAAGCCGCAUUAAUGCUUUAAAACCAUUACGAUACAAUCUCGGAAAAAUUUACGAUGCUUUAAUGCAAAUAUUUGAGGAUCCAAGAUUACAAACUACAUCAGUAGGAAAUUCUUCCCGAAAUGAGGCUAAAGGGCUUGCAAAUUCUAUUUGCAUAUUCAAGCUCAUGAAAGUUGAUUUGAAUGUAGCUACACAAUUAAAUAUUACUAAAAACAAACUUGUAAAAAUGAGGAAUGAUGAAGGCUUUCAAAUAAUUAUUGUUGAUGCUGCUGAAAUUGCAAAAGAAUUAGAAACAGUAACAAAUUUUGAAGAAAAACAUGUCGGGAGAAGGAGAAAAAAACAACACUUCGAUUAUGAAACACAAGAUGAAGCGUUGCAAGAUCCAAAAGAAAAAUUUAAAGUUGAAUUUUAUUCUAAAAUUUUAGACACUGCUAUACAGUCUAUUGCGGAAAGGUUUGAACAAAUGCGACAGUAUAAUAGUAUGUUUGGCUUCCUUCAUGAUAUUUAUUCUAUAAGUUCAAAAUCUUCAGCAGAAUUAUUGAAAAAUUGUAGAAAUCUAGAAGAAAUUUUAACUCAUGGUUCUCAAAAAGAUAUUAGUGCAGCGGAUCUUUGCAAUGAAAUCAAAGUACUUUCUGGAAGACUCCCACAACAAAUGCCACCACAUGAAGUACUAACUUUUAUAGUUGAACAACGUUUAAUUGACUGCCUACCAAAUAUAUAUUCUAAGAAAAAAAUCGCUGGUGGUAAAUUUGAACCACGACUAUUACGUUCAGAAGCUUAG